AGUCGUGAAAGUGUAACUGCACCAUAUUCCAUCAGUAAUGUCGAAGAUCAAGAAGAAAGGUUUAAUUCUACUCGCGUGACCAUUGAGGAUAUUUAUCCGCAUGCCAUAUCAUCUCAUCUAGCUUCGACUAUUUCCCACCUCAAAUUCCAAAUGUUACUCCCGCCAAUCCUUUUAGCUCGUCGUAUCUGGUACGAAGAGAUCUUGUACUCACGUUUUUGA